UUGAAAAAAGGCGAUGUAAAGGGAAAUUUUUUGAAAAAGCGAAAAGAAAUAUCAAAGAAUGAAAUUAUUUCAUCAUCAGAUGAUGAUAACUUAUCAGUGGAUGAUGCUAUCGAAGAAAAAAGUGAUAGCGAUUUCGAGGAUACUCAAGAACUGGCAUAUCAUAAAGCAAAACAAUUCAUUGCUGAACUCGAGGCGGAGCUGGGUUCGGAGCGGAAUGAAGAAGAUGAAGAUGUAUUGGCUGCAAGGUUAAAAAAAGAUGCUUUAUUAAAUAUUGCUACGUCGCAGAGAUAUAUUGCAGAAAAGGUUCAGCUCAGUGAAUCUUCAGUUCAUUAUCGUCCCCACAGUGAUAUUUUAUGCCCUUCAAUUUUGAAUCAUUUUGAUUUUCACAUUUACUGGAUGUUUUUUCUUGAAGUUCCAGAUUUUCUGUCAUUGCGGUUGCUUUAUCGCAUGAUGAACGGUUUGUUAUUAGUUGUUCAAAGGAUGCCACUGUUGUUAAAUGUUAAUGAUCUGGAAGAAGGGCGGAAAAUUGAUGUCUUAAAAUACGACAAAAAAAAUCGAAAUACUCAUAAUGGCCAAAUAUUUGCUUUGGCAAUAUCUGCUGGCGAUCGUUAUUUGGCUACUGGUGGAGCUGAUAUGAUAAUACGCGUGUGGAACUUUCUAAAUUUCCAGCAUGUAAAGAACUUACUGGGACAUAAAAAUUUCAUAACAGGGCUUGUUUUUCGAAAGGGCACUCAACAACUAUUCAGUUGUUCGAAGGACAAAAGUGUGAAAGCUUGGGAUUUAGAUCAAAUGGGAUAUGUGGAUACGAUGUUUGGUCAUGUCGAUGUUAUUUCGGAUAUUGAUGCCUUGUCAAGAGAGAGGAUAAUAACUUGUGGUAGUCAGGAUCGUUCAGUGCGUUUAUGGAAAAUAGCCGAAGAAACACAUUUGGUUUUUAAUGGUAUCACCUCAUGUAUAAGCAUCGAUUGUGUUGCUUUUCUUAAUGAUGAGCAUUUUGUCUCUGGAUCGGCUGAUGGAAGUUUGUGCAUAUGGUCAACGUCCAAGAAAAAGCCUGUCUGCGUUCAGAAACAUGCCCAUGGUUUCAGUUCCAUUACUGAGCCUAAUUGGAUUGUCUCUGUUGCAGCCACUAGUUAUACAGAUCUUGUUGCAUCAGGCUCAUGCGACAAUUUUGUGCGAUUUUGGAAAAUCUCGAUUGACUACAGAUCGAUUAGCAAUUUGUUUUCCUUUUAUUUGGUUGGAUUCGUAAAUUGCCUGCGGUUCUCGCAAAAUGGAGAUGAACUUGUUUGUGCAGUUGGACAAGAGCAUAAGUCUGGCAGGUGGUGGAAAAUCUCUGAAGCUAAGAACAGCAUUGUUUUAAUAUCUUUGAAGCAUUUAGAUAAUUAA